ACAUUUGUCCCUUUCACGGAACUCCUGUUCUUUCCCAGGGAGUCCGCCAUUGUUGGUGCACGUAUAUUUCUGACCAGGCCAACGGAAAUCGGACAACAUCCAAAAUGGUGAACUUCACAGUAGAUGAGAUACGUACCAUGAUGGACAAAAAGAAAAACAUCAGAAAUAUGUCCGUCAUCGCGCACGUUGAUCAUGGAAAGUCAACUCUGACCGACUCCCUUGUGUCCAAGGCUGGUAUCAUUGCUGGUGCCAAAGCUGGUGAGACAAGAUUCACAGAUACACGUAAAGAUGAACAAGAACGUUGUAUUACGAUUAAAUCUACGGCUAUUUCUAUGUUCUUUGCCCUUGACGAGAAAGAUUUAGUUUUUAUCACAAAUCCUGAUCAACGUGACAAAGAUGAAAAGGGUUUCUUGAUUAAUCUUAUUGAUUCACCUGGACACGUUGAUUUCUCUAGCGAAGUAACAGCCGCACUUCGUGUAACUGAUGGAGCUCUUGUAGUUGUUGAUUGUGUAUCUGGUGUUUGUGUACAAACGGAAACUGUACUUCGCCAAGCUAUUGCCGAACGUAUAAAGCCUGUACUUUUCAUGAAUAAAAUGGACAGAGCAUUGUUGGAACUUCAACUUGAUAGUGAAGAUCUUUAUCAAACUUUUCAACGUAUUGUUGAAAACGUUAACGUUAUAAUUGCUACGUAUUCAGAUGAUGAUGGCCCUAUGGGUGAAGUUAGAGUAGACCCAAGUAAAGGAUCCGUCGGUUUCGGUUCUGGUCUUCACGGUUGGGCAUUUACGUUGAAACAAUUUUCUGAAAUGUAUGCCGAAAAAUUCAAAAUCGAUGUUGUAAAGCUAAUGAACAGAUUAUGGGGAGAAACUUUCUUCAAUCCUAAAACUAAGAAAUGGAGCAAACAGAAGGAACCAGAUAACAAACGAUCCUUCUGUAUGUACGUCUUAGAUCCAAUUUAUAAGGUAUUUGAUAGCAUUAUGAACUAUAAAAAAGAAGAGGCAGAUAACUUACUGCAGAAAUUAGGAAUUGUUCUCAAGCCAGAAGAUAAAGAUAAGGAUGGUAAAGCUCUUCUGAAGGUUGUCAUGAGAACAUGGUUGCCAGCUGGAGAAGCUUUACUUCAGAUGAUUGCCAUCCACUUACCAUCUCCUGUUACUGCUCAAAAAUACCGUAUGGAAAUGUUGUAUGAAGGUCCAUUAGAUGACGAGGCUGCAAUUGGUAUUAAGAACUGUGAUCCAAAUGGCCCACUUAUGAUGUACGUUUCAAAAAUGGUACCGACCUCUGAUAAAGGUCGUUUUUAUGCUUUCGGUCGUGUAUUUUCUGGUAAAGUGUGCACUGGUAUGAAAGCACGUAUUAUGGGGCCUAACUUCCAACCAGGCAAAAAAGAAGAUCUUUACGAAAAAGCUAUCCAGCGUACAAUUUUGAUGAUGGGUCGUUAUGUUGAAGCUAUUGAAGAUGUGCCUUCUGGAAAUAUUUGCGGACUUGUUGGUGUUGAUCAAUUCUUAGUAAAGACUGGUACUAUUACUACAUAUAAAGAUGCGCAUAACAUGAAAGUCAUGAAGUUCUCAGUAUCACCCGUUGUGCGUGUUGCUGUCGAGCCGAAGAAUCCAGCCGAUUUACCCAAGUUGGUCGAAGGUCUCAAACGUUUGGCCAAGUCAGAUCCUAUGGUGCAAUGUAUUAUCGAAGAAUCUGGAGAACACAUUAUCGCCGGUGCUGGAGAACUUCACUUGGAAAUUUGUUUGAAAGAUUUGGAGGAGGACCAUGCUUGCAUACCCAUUAAAAAAUCGGAUCCUGUUGUAUCUUACAGAGAAACAAUUUCAGAACAAUCGAAUCAAAUGUGUCUUUCAAAAUCACCUAAUAAACAUAAUCGUCUGUUCAUGAUGGCAUAUCCCAUGCCUGAUGGUUUAGCUGAAGAUAUUGACAGAGGAGAUGUUAACCCAAGAGACGACUUCAAAGUACGUGCUCGUUAUUUGAGCGAAAAGUAUGAUUAUGAUGUAACUGAAGCCAGAAAGAUUUGGUGCUUCGGACCUGACGGAACUGGUCCCAACAUACUUGUAGAUUGUUCGAAAGGAGUACAAUAUCUUAACGAAAUCAAAGAUUCAGUUGUAGCUGGAUUCCAGUGGGCUACGAAAGAGGGUGUACUUUCGGAAGAAAACUUGAGAGGUGUACGUUUCAACAUUCAUGAUGUGACAUUACAUGCUGACGCUAUUCACAGAGGUGGUGGUCAAAUUAUCCCUACCACGAGACGUUGCCUUUAUGCAUGUCUUCUCACUGCCUCUCCUCGACUUAUGGAACCAGUUUACUUAUGUGAAAUUCAGUGCCCAGAAGUAGCAGUUGGUGGUAUUUAUGGUGUGCUUAACCGAAGAAGAGGUCACGUAUUUGAAGAACAACAAGUUGCUGGUACACCUAUGUUUGUAGUUAAAGCAUAUCUUCCAGUAAACGAGUCCUUUGGCUUUACUGCCGACUUACGUUCUAAUACCGGAGGACAAGCUUUCCCACAAUGUGUAUUUGACCAUUGGCAAAUUCUACCUGGUGAUCCAAUGGAACCGAGCACCAGACCUUACCAAGUUGUGCAAGAUACACGUAAAAGGAAGGGAUUGAAGGAAGGUCUCCCAGACUUGAACGCAUACCUUGAUAAAUUGUAACCAUAGAUUCGCGCACCAUAUUUAAAUAUCUAUUUAAAUAUUGUAAUUCAAUUAAUAUUGCUCGGACCGUAUACAAUCUAUAUCGGUUUAUUAUGAACUUUGUUUUGCGCAAAGAACCGUGAGAAAUACACAAUUAUAAAUAUGGAAAAAGAUAAUAAAUUGUAAUUAUAACGAAAACUAUGUAUGCUAGUGCAAGAAGAAAUAUUUUAUACAUUUAUUUAAUUAAGUACGCCACGUUUAUCGAGAUCUAGUGGCUUUAUGUUUUUUAGCAUACCAGCAACAAAUAAAGACUCGAUUGUUAUUUUUAUUGUGGUGGCAAUGGGUUGCCAAUUUCGUAUUAGAAAAAUGAAAAAAAUUGUAAUUUUUACAUUGCUUUUUUACUACAAUUAGUCUGUUAUUUUUCUGUUGGUGUUUUCAAAUAAUUGGACGAAUCCCGAAGGUAUUAAUGAUGAAAGAAAACAGCAAUGUACUCAUACUGAAAAAACAAUACAUCCAGAAAUUAAAGAUGAAAUUCAGAAACAAA